UGAAAAGAUUCUUCCUUAAAGUUGAUCAUUUUUUUUCUUACAUCUUAAGACACAACCUAGAUUCGAGCCAAUAUCAUAAGUAGUUAAACAUUUUAUUACUCAGACCUCGUAAAAGUAACAAACUGACACGUUUUUAUGUUCGUGGGAAAAAAACGACUUUAUAUCGAAGGAGUGCCUUUUGAUUUUGACGGCUUGCACAUGCGCAGUUAGACGCGAGACAACAGACCCGACGAAGUGUUUAGCUAGCCAACGUCACAAUGACGUCAUCUACAAGCGUGAUCGGGGAUUCUUUUUUAUUAUUGGAGAAUCAGUUUGUCUAUCUUCAUACUACUUAACUAUCUUCAUACUACUUAAGUUACUGUCUUUGGAGAAAAAAAUCCACUCUAGACGUUUCUUUUUAAACCUACUAUUUUAACGUUAGCCCGCCGCAAGUCAAUCCAAAAAGAGUGGAAACAGCGACGCCCAGUGGCUGCUGAAAGAAAGGUGUUAUUUAUCGAGGUCAGGGAAAAAAGCAAAGCCACACUUGCGCGGUAGGGGGAAAGAAGUGGAUGCGAUCGGGACAGUAGGGGAAGGGAAAGAGACGAGGUUUUUCAACAUAAAUGGAGGUUCAUCCGUAGCGGGAGAGAAGAGCAGCUGCAAAAAAAAAAUACAAGCAAAAUGGCGAAAGAGCAAGAGGUCGAACGCAUUGCUAAAACGCUGGACAAAAUGGUGCACAAGAAAAACACGGAUGGUGCCAUACAUCUGCUGAGGGAACUGAAGAGCAUGACGAUGUCUCUGGAGACUCUACAGAUGGUGCUGAGGGGAAGGCUGCGGAGGAGAAGAGGAGGGAGGCCUCUCCUCUGAGGUCCUCAACGUCCAAGGACAGUCCUGGAUCCAGCGACCAGAGCAAGAAACUGCCUGAGCCCCCUACGACCCCCACCACCCCUACGACCCCCACCACUCCAAAGUUCACCACCUUCCCCUCUGCCCCCGUCACCACUGACAGCGUACGCACCAAGUGCAGAGAGCUGCUGGUGGCUGCCCUGCAAACCGACGAUGACCACAAGACCAUUGGCGCAGACACGGAGAACUUGGCUGCUCAGAUUGAGGACUGUAUCUACCAGGAGUUUAAGUCUACAGACCAGAAGUACAAGUCCAGACUGAGGAGCCGUAUCUCCAACCUGAAGGACCAGAAGAACCCAGACCUCCGACGCAACUUCUGUUGAGGAGAAGAUAUUCUGGACUGCUAGUAGAAGAUCUGGCCUGGAUGAAGAAGGAAACCUGGACCUAAUUUUGUUACAACUGUAGACAUUUUUAUUUUAUUUUUUGUUGCUUUGUUUUGAUACCUUUUUUUUUUUUUUUUUACAUUUAACUCAUCAAUCUGUAGAAAAUAUUUUGUCAUUUUGAUUAAUAUCCUUUAUUUUUAAAUGACUAUUAAAUCACACUAGCCUUGGUG